AUGUCGACCACCAUGGCCGCUACCCCUGGCUUGUCCUCUUUUCUCAAAUCUCUCAAACAUACCGAUGUGGAGACUUCGAUCGAACAUUUCAUCUCGUAUGUUUCUAGCCAUCGUUAUGUCAAGGACAUUUCAUCUGACAAUGUCAANAGUCUUCUGAAGAGACGCCAGAUCAGAAACUCCAGGCCGUGUGCUAUUGCAACCACUCAACUACUGCUUCGCAUUGUUGCCGCUUCAAAGACUAGAGAUGCCGCCUCCCUGAUCGAGCGUGUGCGUAAGGUUGGUCAGCGCUUGAUAGCUGCCCAGCCCCGCGAGAUGGCAGUCGGCAACAUCGUGCGCCGUGUCCUUGGUCUGAUCAGAGAAGUCGAGGAGACAGGCCUAGACGCUGGUGCUUUCAGCGAGGCCGACCAGAGCGAUGAACCCCACCAGAACCACAACAACUCAUUGCACAGACCAGGCUUGAACUCUCACAUUUCGGCCUUUAGCCCGCUAAAUCACGGCUCUGCUGCACCAUCUGAAGUGAACCUGAGGCAGGAGAGUCUCUCAUCGGCCGACUUUAACGACGGCAUGGGAGCUCACAGACCCCCGCUUCUUACUUCUCACACAUCCUACGCCACUGGUCCUCAAGUCACUUCGCUAUUCGGCCUUCUUUCACACCCAGAUGAGCCUUCUCCAGUAGCGACUCCGCCAACUGGCGCCCAAUCUCCAGUCUCAAAAAGCGGUCUACGCUUAGGCAGCAUCCCCGAGGCAGGCCAAACCAAAAUGGACGUCAAAGCCGAAGUCAUCGACGGGAUUAAGGAGCUCGUCGACGAACUCGAAAUCGUCGACGACCAAAUCGCCGCAUCCGCACUCGAGCACAUUCACGCAAACGAGAUUAUCCUCACGCACACUUCUUCGCAGACGGUCCAAAAGUUCCUCAUCGCUGCGGCUCGCAAGCGAAAGUUUACUGUUAUUCAUGCUGAAGCUUAUCCUAACGAUCAUGUGGAUACACACGCUACCAUCUUGACUGGCGGCAAGAAGGGCGACGAUGAUGACGAAGAGGCUGAUGAGCGAUGGAAGCCGCUCAUCUCUAUGGGUAUCCAGGUCAUCAUGAUCCCGGACUCUGCCGUCUUUGCCCUCAUGUCGCGCGUCAACAAGGUCAUCCUCGCACCACACACUGUCCUUGCCAAUGGCGGUUUGAUCGCAGCUACGGGUGCUCUCACCAUCGCGCAAGCUGCAAAAGUGCAUCAAACUCCUGUUGUGGUGGUCAGUGGUGUCUACAAACUCAGCCCCGUAUAUCCCUUUGACAUGGAAGAGUUGGUCGAGUACGGUGACCCGGGCAAGGUUAUCGAUUUCCAGCAGGGCGAUUUGGUUGAAAAUGUUGAUGUCAACAAUCCCAUCUACGAUUAUGUGGGUGCUGAUCUUGUGGACUUGUACAUCACCAAUCUGUAA